GGAGGGCGGUGCGGAGGGCGGUGCGGAGCCCGGGACCGCGGGGCUGGCGCUGGUGGAGGGCGGGACGGGCCGCGCCGGCCGCCCCGGGGACCCCGCGGACCUGGUGGCCCUGGCCCGGCAGUUGCAGCAGUGCCUCCCAGUCCACCCCGGUUCCUCCUGAUGGGUCCUGCUGCCGCUCCCAGUCCAUCCCAGUGCCUCCCAGUAUGUUCUGCUGCCCUGCCAGUGCCUCCUGGUACAUUCUGCUGCUUCCAGUACUAUGUCCUGGACCGGUGUGUCCCCAGAGCUUCUGUGUCCACCCAAAUGCUUCCCUGCGGACGACUUCGUCCGAGCAAACGCCUGCAAUAAACUGACUGUGAUCGCCGAGCAGAUCCGGUACCUGCAGGAGCAGGCUCGGGAGGUCUUGGAUGAAGCUAAGAGAGAUGCAGAUCUGCACCACGUGGCCUGCAACCUGGUGAAGAAGCCGGGAAACGUUUACUACAUGUACAGGCGGGAGAGCGGCCAGCGAUACUUCUCCAUCCUGUCUCCUAAGGAAUGGGGGACCAGUCCCCACGAAUUUCUCGGUGCCUAUAAGCUCCAGCACGACAUGUCUUGGAUGCCGUUGGAGGACGUUGAGAGACGAGAUGCUGAAUUUAACCUCCUGGACAGGCUGCUGAGCCGUCAGGCAGCGCUGUCCCCUUGCACAGAGCCCAAUUUCCAGGGCCUCACCAAGUGACAACACGAGACCCGCUGAGGCGAGUCCCUGCGUGAGGACACGCGGAGCCUGCGCGCUGCCGGGCCGGGCAAGGAGAGGGACCAAUAAACAGAAACGCUGAUGCCGCCGUUA